AUGUCAGUUGAUGAGGCAACGAAAGCUCACGAUUAUCCGAGCGCACGGACCACAAAGUCGCUCUUCCUUGUUCCGGGCAUCCCACUCACUCAUUGCCCACGUGCGCAGGUCGACUCUGGCAUUUUCUUUGUGAAAAGUCCGUCAAGUCUUUGUCCAAAAUCUCCAAUCGGCACAUACCUUGAGGCAAUCGAGGAAAAGGACUUUGUCUUUCUUGAUUUGAUCAUGACUACCUCAGCCCUCGCACCGCCGCCGACAUGCAGGCUCUUGGAUUUACCUCGAGAAUUGCGGGACCUGAUAUAUACUUAUGCUUUGUAUUCACCCGAUGGGCUGUUCUACCAACGCUACGAUGACUAUAAAGCUAUCUUGUCGCCAUCUCUGGAAUCUGCUGUUGAGUGGAACCAAUUGAAGUACACUUGCCGGGCACUCUACCAUGAAGUUGCCGGCCUUGAACUCCAAAUGAACGAUGAGCUGACCUUUGUGGCCGGACCAAGUCGGCAUGGCAAACACAUAGAAAGGAUGCCAGCAGUGCAGUUCCUAGGAUUUCUCGACAUGUGCCAUGCUAAAUGGCAGGAUUGUGUACGACAAGUCCACCUUCGCAACCUACACUCUUCGAUGCAUGCGCUUGUGAUGUGGGAGGAUAGCGGUUCGCAAGAUCUGCAUUUGAUCGUUUACUGGUGUCAAUUGCAUCCCCGCGCUCGAGUGUUUUGGGAGCUGCCAAUCUUGGGCGAUAUCGGACAGAACGAUCCUUUGUUGUUCAUCAGCGAUGGCAUUAUGUUCAAAAAUGCAUUUCGCAGCAGCCGAGAUCAUGGCCGACUUGUCAAAGAUUUGAAUCUUUAUCUGGUUUGGGGAACCCUGCAGGUGUACGAAGCGCUCUGGCGAAGUGAUUUGAAAGGAAUGGCUAGACACAAGCGCAAGUUGAUGGAGCCGAUCGAAGCAGAGAACUUCAGGGUCAGACCGAGCGAUGGGCCGUUCAAGGAGGCAGAUUUCCGCAAGACGAUCGAAGCCGAGGUUCUUAAUAGAACGGUGGAUGGCGGUCGAGCCUCACCAGAAGUGAUGCAGGCUUGUGUGCAGCUCGCGAGGAGUUGGUAUACCUUUGGAAUAUGA